UGGUUAUCAAGAACAGAAAUGUGUGUAUUGCCAUUUGGGAAUUUUACUGAGGUGAUUAUGAAAACAAUGACAAGGCAUGAUUAUUCGUGUCGCUUCUGUUCUGAUGGCUCAUAGUACAGCUGGACCUACUGGACGCCUCAGGAACAACAGGGGCGUAGAAUUGCCUGCUCAAGGUCUGCAGCCUCCCCCUACUCUGAUUAAUGGCCGUUUAGAGGAGGAGGAGGAGGAGGGGCAGGUUAUUCAUCACAGGGGUUAAAAGAGCAAGUCAGGAGAUAUUUUUCCCCUAGAUACUCAAAUCAACAAUUAGUGAUGUUUUGGAGAGUAGACAGUACCAGGUCUGGGGAAUCUGUUGAUUUCUCCCUUUAUGGAUUUGUGAAAACAUUUGCUUUCCUUAAGUUAUGGCAAAACAGAGAUAGAAAAGACAAAAUCAUAUGCCCAUUGUGUCGUGUUACCUCUGGUAGGAUGAUCAAAAGUCAAGAGCCAGAUGAGUUCAUUGCUGUGAGGGUUCAGGAUCCUCGCAUUCAAAACGAAGGAUCGUGGAACUCAUACGUGGACUUCAAAAUUUUCCUUCAUACAAACAGUAAAGCAUUCACUGCCAAAACAUCCUGUGUGAGGCGGCGAUACAGCGAGUUUGUGUGGUUGAAGAAAAAACUGCAGAAGUACGCUGGUCUGGUACCUGUUCCUGAUCUGCCGAAAAAGACUUUCUUCUCAUUUAUUAAUGAUGACUUCAUUGAAAGGAGAAGAAAAGGUCUUCAGAGCUUCUUGGAUGAAGUGCUGCACAUGACAGUAUGCCUGUCAGAUAGCCAGCUCCAUCUCUUCCUGCAGACUCAGCUUCCUGUCAAGCACAUUGAGGAUUGUGUGCAGGGUCACACCCCUUACUCUGUGACUGAAGCCAUUCUGACUUAUGCUUCCUCUAACCGUGGCUGGGUGCAGGAGGAAGGGGACGUGGACAGGGCUCAAAAAUUAUGGCCCUCCCCUCUUCCAUAUGAAUCUGUAGAGAGUCCUGCUCCUCACCUCCCUUCAUUACAAAGUCCUAGAGCCACUUCCAGUGGGCCUCUAAAUGAACUUACAGAUGUUUUAGACUCCGAGUCGAGACUGAGUGAUGCAGAACAGACUGCACUUGACCUGAAGCAUGGAAUCGGCCAUGAGCAGCUGCCUCAAGAGGAAGAGAGUUACAUUAAACUAGUAGUUGAAGUCCACCCAAACCUUGUUGUUUCUGUAGAAACUGAGGAAGAGGAUGGAAACAUUGGCUCAAAAGAAACACAAAGGCUUGAUGAAGAUGCCAAAGAUCUACAAAGUUAUGAUUGUGAGUAUCUAGCUCCACAGAUAGCCGGACUCAUUGAAGACAAGCUUCAGCAAGGAGAAGCCCACAAUGAAGAAGAUCUUGAUCAAGAAACAUCUGUUGCCGAAGACGCAGUUGAUGUUACCUCAGUAGACGAAGUCAUCGAGAAAAAGAUUGAUGAUAUCAAUGAAGCGAAGAAGGGAAGUCAAGAUGUUGGACUUGAGCAGGAUAGCACUGUGAGACAAACCCCUGACAAGAUCCUUCAUGAAGAAGAUCCAGGAGAAAGGAUCCAUAAAAAUGAAGUUUCUAUUGAUCUCAGUGCUGAUGCUGAGAAGGAAACUGCAGAAGAUGUUACACUCCAUGAUGCUUGUGAGAAGAACACACCAGAUAUUGAAGAUCAAGAUGAAUCUGACACAACAGAGGAGCAUGUGGUCCGGGAGAAUGGAGUCAGUGAUGACGAUGCUGCUGCCCAGGAAGAGGCCAUGAAUGAGAAUGAAGUGCAUGUUGGCGAAGUGAACAAGCUCAAUGCAAAAUGUCUUCAACCUGGCAGUGCCAUUUUGAUACUUGAGGGAACUGAGGAAGCUGUGAGCAUGCAAACGCCCCCCGUGGCAGAGACUGUCGGUAACCUCGAUGCCAAUACUGCUGAUGUCAACAUGCUUGUUUUACAAGCCAUAGAGAUGGAUUCAAUGCAAUGUCACGAGACGGACAGUCAUACGACCAUCACUACCCACCAAACAGAUACUAAUUCUCAUGGGAAUUAGUACAGUCAUAGAUUGGACAGAGUUGUCAAAAAGUCCUCCCUUCAGCUCUUUCCCAGUCAACAUCCAAGAGGUUUUUCUACUGUGUGAGUGAGUGAGUGCAUGUAACUGUUUUGCAUUGAUCCACUGUUGACGUGUUCAGUUACAGACUGUUUACAGAAGAUACACUGAAUGAUUUGACCGGGCUGUAGUUUUAUCCUACAAACAAUGUGAACAAACACAGAUAAUGCACUGACUAAUGUGCCAUUCAGGAUUGUGAGCAAAUUGCACAUGCAAUGAAUAGUUAUGAAUCCACGGUAGCGGGUGAGAAAAAGCAGUGUACGUCACUGUGGCACCUUGAUUCUAAUAUUCACCAUCCUUAAUCAAAAUAUUUCUGUGUUUGUAUGAUUUUAGCAACAGGAAUUACCCCGUGACAUGUUGCUGAUCUAUUUUAGCAAAACCAGAUUUUAACUGGCACGUCCUUUUUCUCCCAACUGUAAAAACAUGUUGCUCUCACGUGUGCUCUACUGGAACUUUUGGUAAUUUAAGGGAUAGUUUAGCCUAAAUCAAAAAUUCUGUCAACUUUUACUCACCCUCAUGUUCUUCCAAACCUGAAUGACUUUCUUCUGUGGACCGCAGGAUGAUAUUUGGAAAAAUGUCUUGGAGUGUUUUUCUAUCCAGUGUUGUUUUGGACCCAACUUAAGCUCAUUGUACAGGUGAAAGAAAAAACAUUCUUCUAAGUAUCUUCCUUUGUCAUUUAAUAAAUUUACGAAGAUUACAAAGAUGAGUAAGUGAUGACAGAAUUUUAAUUUAGGGGUGAACAAUCCUUUUAAUAUAAUUAAAUUAUAUUGGUAUGUUUAGUGUUAGUGUGUUUUUUUCAUUAAUCACUUACCCCCAUGUCGUUCCAAA